AUGCAGAUAACGGAGCGCCUCGGCUAUCACAGCCCGGACGGGCGCUUUAUCGAUUGGCUGUGGCCGCGAUCAAUUACUGUUACCCUUUUACCACCACCUACGAUGAGCCUCCUGCAGGGCGUGCUCAAGUCCAACACAGAGGAGCUCGAGGGCCGCCUCAGGAACGUACGCCUCAACGGCGGCAAGCGACGCCCUUCCUACGAGGACAAGGACAAGGACGACUCCGACGAUGAGAUCAUCAAUGUCGUGUCCUUGCCUGGCACCCCUGCCCGCACCCGCCCGCCGUCUCCGACGAGGGGGGCGUCGGCGAGGCCGAUCAAGGGCCCGCUCAUAUUGUCGCCGGGAAGGAGAGACCCGUUGAAGGCGUUCCCCACAGAGCUCUCGCAGAAGAUAUUUGCGAAGCUGACGAUAAAGGAGCUGGCUAAGUGUUCGCUGGUGUCAAAGAAGUGGGCUAGGAGCCAGACACUAAACUACGUUUGGUUCCAGCAUUAUAGAAAGGAGAACUUCCAUGAUGAUAGCUUGCCACCUGGAAAGUGGACCAAACGAGAGUCCAAGCAGAGCUGGCGUCAGGUUUACCUGAAAUCAGUUAAAGACCGCGAACGGUCCCCUACGGCAGCUACCUUCUCCCGCUCCAACUCUGGAUACAAUACCCCUUCGAGGGGUGUGUCGGGAUCGGGAUACCAAACACCCCGCGAGAUCAAGGAGGAACAAUGGCGCGCAGAGGCCGAGGCAACCUCCAAGCCUGGCAAGGUCGAGAUGCGGGAGAUGUACAAGGAGCUUGGGGGCCGCAAGGCCAGGGGAAAGACCAAGCUCGGAAGCUCGGGCGCGUUCCGGGAUAAAGGCGGAUGGGACGAGGGCGGAGAUUGGUAG